AUGUCCAAGCAGGAUGAUCUGGCCUAUGGUGGUUACUAUCAGGGCGCGGAACGUGGGUCCGGAGAUGGAUCCCGCGGUCUAAGUGACACCUUCAAGAAGUUCCGCGACACCUAUAAGAGUCACGGAUCCUCACAUGGCCAGACUAACCAGACAUACAAUCCAAGUGGUUAUCAAGGCCAGGGUUACCCAACCCAGACCGAACCGCAAUACGGAUAUGAUCAGCAGAGCCAAAAUACAAGUGGGAAACCUCCAAAGGACGAUAAAUUGGCCGGUUUCUUGGGGAAACUUCAAGGUACUGUGACCGAGUUUGGUUCUGAAUUCGCUCAAAAGAUUGGUACCACCCUCGACCCACAAGCAUAUGCCGAGUAUGGUCCCAGCAAGCCCAACACAGAGCAUCGAUUUGGUAGCUUCGCUCCUCCCCGGGAACAUAACGAUGCCAAGUGGUAUGUGGAUGGGUGCAGCUAUUUCUGGGCUGUGUCACGAGCUCUGGAAAAUGCCCGAGAGUCGAUCUGGAUUCUGGACUGGUGGUUAUCCCCCGAACUUUAUUUGAGAAGGCCACCUGCAAAGAAUGAACAAUACCGAUUAGAUCGCAUGCUGCAAGCUGCAGCCCAGCGGGGCGUGCGCGUCAAUGUCAUUGUUUAUAAGGAGGUCACGCAGGCGCUCACUCUGUCUUCCUCUCACACAAAACAUGCCCUAGAAAAUUUGCACCCCAAUAUUGCUGUCUUCCGUCACCCUGACCACCUGCCUGACCGCCAAGAGCUGGGAGCUUCCAUUGCAUCGUCCUUCCAGAAUAUGUCACUCGACUCGGCAAGUUUGAGCAAGAUGUCAAAGGAUGCACUCAAGGGGCUCUACGGAAUGAACGAUGAUGUCAUUCUGUAUUGGGCUCAUCACGAGAAGCUUUGCUUGAUCGAUGGUCGGGUUGCGUUCAUGGGUGGUUUGGACAUGUGCUUCGGCCGCUGGGACACAAACCAACAUGAGCUCUCGGAUUUACAUCCUUCGGAUGUCAACCAAACCGUAUUCCCUGGCCAGGACUACAACAAUUCUCGCGUCCUUGAUUUCCAAGAUGUUGUUCACUGGGAGAAUAACCAGCUGGAUAGAAAGACCAUGUCUCGGAUGGGAUGGUCUGAUAUAUCUGUGAGUCUACACGGUGCAGCCGUGGAAGACUUGCGCCGUCACUUUGUGGAGCGAUGGAACUUCAUCUAUGAUUUGAAAUACAAGGUUCGCAGUGAUUCUAGAUACACGAGGCUGGCACUACAUGGAAGGCCCGUUUCCUCAACUAGCCAAACUGGUCAACAGCAGGCUGGUUCUGCACAACCCAACUUGUACCCCUCGGGACAGUCAAGUCCACAGGGUCAGCCACCUGCGCCAUCCUGGCAGACGAAGCCCAGUGGAGUCACAUCGCCUACCUACCCGCCGCCACCAGGUCAGACAUCCUCGAAUCCUCAUCAAGAGCCGCAGUCGCAGUCGCAGCCUCAGCAUCAACAAUCUGCUGGGGCAUAUCAACCUUAUGGCAGUGCUAGCACUUCCAAUUAUUCGCCACCGCCGGCUCAGACCUCAAACCAGCCCCAAUACCAACAGCAGAGCGCGCCUACGUCGCACCAACCUGGGAAUGCUUCAACCUAUCCCCCUCCGCCAAGUCAAAGCCCUCAAGGCUAUCAGCCUCACUCUACCCAAUCCCCGAGCCAUGACGCAAGUCAGUAUAGCUACACUGGGAGCUCAUUCCCUCCUCCCCCGCCUGGACCUCCUCCAGCACAGUCUCCUGCCAAUACCUCAUACCAGUCCUAUCAGCAGGGCCAGCAACAUGGCCAGCAACAGGAUCAGCAACAUGGCCAGCAACAGGGUCAGCAACAGGGCCAGCAACCAUAUUUCCCGCCCCCACCAGGCCAGGAAGCAUCACACUCCAACACCUCGUAUCAGCCCUAUCAGCAGGGUCAGCAACAGAGUCAGCAGCAGGGCCAGCAACCAUAUUUCGCACCCCCGCCAGGCCAGGAAGCAUCACACUCCAACACCCGUGGAAUGGAUGAUUAUCAAUAUGAAGGUGAUCGCGAACGAGGUUCUUUGGUGCCCCGUCGCUUCCAAGAGAACCUGACCCAAUACAGCAGCUCCCUUCGUGGUCAGCUGGCUGGACAAAUCCACCAAUACCAGGAUCGGCUGACCACAUAUGGUCGCCCUUCCUCCUCGCAAGGCCGAGGGAAUAUGUCAUGCCAGAUUGUACGCAGCUGUGCAAAAUGGAGCAAUGGAAGCCAGCUUGAGCAUUCAAUUGCGGACGCAUAUUGCGCGAUCAUCCGAAACAGUGAGCACUUCGUCUACAUCGAAAACCAGUUCUUUAUCACUGCGACCGGUGAUUCGCAGCGUCCAGUAAAAAACCAGAUUGGUGCCGCAAUCGUGGAGAGAAUUUUACGUGCUGCUCGUGCCGGUCAGAAAUAUAAGAUCAUUGUGGUCAUUCCGUCCGUUCCCUGCUUUGCCGGUGAUUUGCGAGAUGAUGAGACCCUGGGAACACGCGCGAUUAUGGAGUUCCAAUACAACUCCAUCAACCGCGGAGGUCACAGUAUCAUGGAGAUGAUUGCCAAAGAAGGAUUUAACCCCAUGGAGUAUAUCCGUUUCUACAACCUUCGCAAUUACGAUCGGAUCAACAACGGUAGUAUGAUGGCUGCAGCCGAACAGCAGAGUGGUGUAAACUACGAGGAUGCCCGCAGACAGUAUGAUUUGAACACUGCGGGCCCUGGUGGAUAUGCCCCGAGCACCGCUCGUACUGCUUUCGAUACUUCCGCGCCGUUCCAGAAGUACCAGCAGGGUGCACACCAGGUGCAGGGCAGCCAUGCUUCCUCGAACAAAUGGGACAGUGUGAGCCAGUGCUAUAUGCUCGGCGGAGAAGAUAUUCGCAAAGUACCGUGGGAUGGCCACCCUGAUGCUGAGAUUGAUGCGUUUGUGAGCGAAGAGCUUUACGUUCACUCAAAGGUGAUGAUCGCCGACGAUCGUAUAGUUGUUUGUGGAUCCGCAAACCUGAAUGACCGUUCUCAAUUGGGUGACCAUGACUCUGAGAUCGCAGUCAUUAUCGAAGACUUCACGCCUGUGGCAUCUAGCAUGAAUGGUAAGCCGUGGACCGCUAGUCGCUUUGCUUCAUCUCUCCGCCGCCAGUUGUUCCGGAAGCACCUGGGUCUUUUGCCAAUGCAAGACUAUCAACGACCGGAUGCGAACUUCGAGCCUGUUGGCGUUCCCAACCAAUUCGACUUUGACUGCCCUGAGAGCAAGGUCGUCGCUGAUCCGCUUUCCGACACUGCCCAGAGCCUUUGGAACUCACGGGCGCGUACAAACAGCGAGGUCUUCCGGAAGGUAUUCCACGCGGUUCCGGAUGACUCAGUCCGCAACUGGUCUGAGUACAAAGAGUUCUAUGAGUACUAUUUCCACAAGACCGGGAAGAGGGGCGAGGGUAUGGAAGGAGCUGCACGUCCGGCGCGAUUCCAAUGGGGCCACGUUGUGCGUGAUGACUUUGCGCCUGGUGCAGAGGGAGCGAAACAGGUCAAAGAGCUGCUCAGCCAAGUCAAGGGUACUCUGGUUGAAAUGCCUUUGAUGUUCUUGAUCGAGGAAGAUAUCGCCAAGCAAGGAUUGACUCUGAAUGACUUGACCGAGCCACUCUAUACCUAA